AAGGGGGGCAUUGGGACUGGCCUGGAUGUGGCCGUGAGCUGCCCCGGAGCGGGCCUGGCUCUGCCUCCGGCUACUUAUGGGGCGUUCUGGGGCUCGGGGCUUUGCCUUUGCCACAGACCCCGGCUUCCAGACAAGCUCUACACAGGUGGUAAUCCCGCGGGAGAGGGGAUGGAGAAGCCUUGGGGCUCCCUCCCGCCCCUGCUCUGGGCUCUUGCUUCCUCCCUUCCAGGCUCCAGGUCCAGGCCCUGUAUCCCAUCUCCUCCUGCCUCGGCUCGGAUCUCGUCAGCCCGGGAGCUGUCUCACCCCUUUCCCCACAGCUUCUCCCACCCCUUCUCCAUCCAAUCCAGUUAAAAGCCAUUUCAGCCUAAUAGGGGUAAGAUCUGAUGCCAGGCCUGGGCACAUGAGACGAAGCCAAACCAGUCCAUGGCCUCCAAACAGAGAGUUCUAAUGAAGUUCCGUGGGCACCCACACCCCUCCCCCCAGCAGCGACCAUAGGGAGGUUUCCAGGAGAUCCCUCCCUGCGGCCGAGGGGCCCAGGAAAGAAGCCCUUUAGGCAAGGCCACACUGAGCCUAGAAGGGAGGUGGAGGAUUCUGAGAGGUGCAGCUGCGGGGGGCAGGGGGCCCCAGCCCAUGCAAAGCUGUGCUGUACACAGGGUGUCCUGCGCCUUCCUAAUGUGGCAGCGGAGGAGAGAGUGGCAAGAAAAAGCGACUGGGGCAGGACCAGUUAGGGGCCAGUACAGUACUCCAGAUAUGUGCCCUCUGACGCUUGCCCUUCGUCACAAGGUGAGCCCGGAGGAGAAUGGACUGGUCCCCGAGGGGCCUGCUGGCCCAAGGUGAGGAAGCAGUGACCUUCAGGGACGUGACCGUGGACUUUUCUGAGGAGGAGUGGGGGCUCCUGAGCCCCGCUCAGAGGGAGCUCUACAGGGAGGUGAUGCUGGAGAACUUCAGGAACCUGGUGUCCCUGGCCUGGGACGCAAGAUCAGAGAACCAGAAAUUAGUAGGAAAGCACAGAGGAGCACUAGGCAUAUUCACGGGAAGAGGAAAUAUUCUGCAAAAUGACCCGUUGGAGGAAGGUCCUGUUAAAGAGUUCAGGCUGUGGAAGCAAAUGACAAAUCUUACAGUGGAGGCUCCAGAGAAAGUCCUUUCCCAAGAAGGACACCUCAGUGAAUGGACUCUCUUUCCCAAGGAAAUAUCCAGUGGUCAGAGGGACUAUGAAUGUACUGACUUUGAGAGAAAAUCUGGGCACUCAAGAUUAUGCUUUCAUAACAGAUUGAAGAAUGUCUCUCAUUACCAGCCAACCUUUAUUCCAUAUCAGAGGAGUAAGAGAUCCUCUGACUGUGAGGACUGCAGAAAGGCUGUAAGCCAGAACACACAUCCUGUCCAACAUCAGGGGAUUCAUACUGUAAAGAAACCAUUUAAAUGUAAAGAAUGUGGAAAGUCUUUUAGUUGGAGCUCAGGACUUACUGAACACCAGAGAAUUCACACUGGAGAGAAACCAUACAAAUGUAAACAAUGUGAGAAGGCCUUCAGCCAAAGCUCAACACUUACUCGCCAUGAGAGAAUUCACACUAAAGAGACACCAUAUAAGUGUAAGGAAUGUGGGAAGGCCUUUAGUAGAAGCUCAAUCCUUACUCAGCACAAGAGAGUGCACACUGAAGAGAAACCAUUUAAAUGUAAAGACUGUGGGAAAUAUUUCCGCCAGACUUCAGCUCUUAUUACACACAAACGAAUUCACAGUGGAGAAAAACCCUAUGAGUGUAAGGAAUGUGGUAAGGCCUUUAGGCAAAGCUCAGCACUUAGUAAACACCACAAAGUUCACACUGAAGAGAAAUUUUAUAAAUGUAAGGAGUGUGGGAAGGCCUUCUGGCAGAGUUUAACCCUUAUUCAACAUAAGAGGGGUCACAUUGAAAAGAAAUCCUAUAAAUGUAAAGAAUGUGGGAAAACCUUUAGUCAGAACUCUGUUCUGAGACAGCAUCAGAGAGUUCACACUGCAGAAAAACCGUUUAAAUGUAAAGAAUGUGGAAAGGUCUUUACCUACUCGUCAUCCCUUAUUAAACAUAAGAGAAUUCACAGUGGAGAAAAACCCUACAAAUGUGAUGAAUGUGGCUCAGCCUUUAGGCAUAAGUCAUAUCUGACGGAACACCUGAGGAUACACACCGAAGAGAAACAUUAUAAAUGUAAGGAAUGUGGGAAGGCUUUUACUCGAAGCUCCCACCUUAUUCAACAUCAUAAAAUUCACACUGGAGAGAAACCCUAUAAAUGCAGGGAAUGUGGGAAGGCCUUCAGCCAGAUCUCCGCCCUCAUUAUGCAUGAAAGAAUUCACAGUGGAGAAAAACCUUAUACAUGUGAGGAAUGUGGAAAAUCUUUUAGCCAACGCUCAAAUCUUGCUCAACAUCGGAAAAUCCACACGGGCGAGAGACCUUAUAAAUGUAAAGAAUGUGGGAAGGCCUUCAGCCAGAGCUCAGCCCUUACUACACAUGAAAGAAUUCACAGUGGAGAAAAACCUUAUGAAUGUGGGAAAUGUGGAAAAUCAUUCAGUCAGCGCUCAAACCUCACUCAGCAUCAGAGAAUCCACACUGGAGAUUAACAUGAAUGCCCCUGAUGUUCAGUCAGAAGAGUCUGAGUCCAGUCUGAGGAAUCAUAUUGGAGAAAUGCAGUAAUGUAAUGACCAUGGGACAGCUUUUUCUUUGGAAAUAUCUUAUUAAAAACUGCAAACACCACACUGGACAGAAACCCGAAGAAUACAAGCAAUGUAGAAAAGUAGUCUCCCCCACUUCAUUAUAAGUGAACUUGGUCUGGAAGAAAUCCUACUAAAGUGAAGAUUGUCAGAAAGGGAUGAAUCCAUCAUCACAGAACAAGAAAUAGGACAUAAAAAUGGUAUUUGAAAUGGUAUACAUAUUUAAAUGAUAUAACUAGGAGGAAGAGACAGAAAUCCCACUAGAGAAAAUCCUGCAUAAAGGCCACCUAAAAGACAGAAGUACUCAAUAAACCAAAAACUCCAAAUAUUCUAAGUAGAUUCUAUGACCCAAAAAAUUCCAAGAAAUCUUGGAGAAGGAGGAGGCAUAUAUUGGAAGAGGCAUACAAUUACAAAUACCCAGAAAUCAGAAUAGAACUAUUGCAAGAAGCCUGAUCCCUAGAAUAGUUGAAAAACUUUUAAAGAAUUAAAAGGAAGCAUCAUGGGGCAGUAUUUAGAAUUAGGGAAAUUUGGAUUUAAGUCCAAUCUCUGAUACAUGCUAACUUUGGCUAUCAACAAGUCAAUCAAUUAGUCAAUCAAUAAGCAUCAAGUGCCUACUAUGCGCCAGUCAUUGUGCUAAGUGCUGAAGCUACAAAAAGAGGCAAAAGGUAGUCUCUACCCUCAUGAAGCUUACAAUGUAAUGGGAUAGACAACAUACAGACAAAUAUAUAUAAAGUAAGCUAUAUAAAGGUUAAACAGAAAGUAACAAAGGGAAGCUCAGUAACCCAGGUAACUAUAAAACUAGAUGCCAGCUUCAAUUGAUGGAGGGAAAAUUCCCUCUAUCAAUGAAAUCACAAGUACAAUUUUUUUAAAAUGUAAGGGAAAUUCAAGUUCUUAAAUAUAAAUUCAGAAAUGCAAACAAGAACAAUCAGUUUAGAAGUUGGAAAGUAUUAAUAAACAGUGAACACCUUUAGGGACAGUGGUUGAAGUAGAAUGUCAAAAUACCAAGAUGCAACAAGAAAUAGAAGAGCAACAUUGAAAGACAGAAAAAGUAGAACAAAUGAGAUCUCAACAAACCAAAAGAAUAAAACUUAAAGAAAGAACGUGGCCAAGAUCCAGAAGGAAGCUAAUUCAGUACUUUAAUGUUAAAUCCUCAACUACAACUACUAGGGGAAGAAGUUCUUACUUUAUAAGAACCACUGGGAAAACUGGAAAAUGAUUUGACAUCUUACACUAAUUCUUGUUUUAAAUGAACUUAAUUUUUUUCUUCUCAAAACACCAAAAAAAGUAUUUCAAUAUAUACAACAAAAGCUGUGAAUCUCCAUUUUAUACUCCCUCCCUUUUUAGUAUAUAAUAAAUCCCAUGUUACUUUCAAAGUUGUCCCACUUGUCCAUGCUUCUUGAAUUGCUUUGCUGUUGAAAAUCUUGACUCUGACACCUCCUGGGUAUAUGACU